CGUUGACUGAACCAUUUCCCUAGGCAACGCGGCCGAGUUCAAUUGUAAUGAAUUGUUGUAUAGCAAACCGAUACUAACAUAACAUGAGGGAGCUGGAGAUUGGACUGCUAGAAUUGAUAAUGUUUGGCUCAAUUUGUGACAAGACAAUGGCUCAUGGCUCUUUCCCCAAGAAAGCGGGCCCGCACUGAUCCCGCACACGAAAGUGUGCUCACACCAUUAUCCAAGCCUUAUCGAGCGAGCGAGCUGGCAAAGGCUUUAGAACAAGGCGAUGAACGUCGGAAUGGCCAAUGCCGUCAACAGCUCGCCAUGUCCAGCGACGAAGAACUGUGGACAUUUCUGCGACGCAUUCUGCGCAACCUCAAGAACGAUCCCGACCAACCCAACAAGCCGGUAAUGCCUGCAGGCAAAGUUCUGGAAUGUCUCCACUUCGUUAUAACUAGUCUUACGCAUCGCCCUCUACCGCAACUUGACACUACUGUGUCGGCCGCCCUAGUUCCUACAACCUCCUCGGAUUUUCAGACCUUACGCAUAUGCGUCCGCAACUCCAUUCAAAAUCUCAAAACAGGCUCCCAAAUGGCUCAAGUCUUUGCUCUAAAGUUGCUGUGUGCUUUCCUGGAAGAUCAAAAGUCAGCUACAUGGAAACAUCCUGUUCCAAUCAAGUUGAUCGUGGAUGAGAUCCGUCCUACAAAUUGUUUGGACUUAAUUCUAGAGGCUUUGGCACAAGAUACACAAAAUGUACAGCAUUAUGCGCUUAGAGUAUUGAUGGCCCUUACAAAUUAUUUUGGAAAGGAUAUGGUAGAAAAGGAUGCAUUGUGGACCGUCGCUGCAAGGAUUGGCAGUUUGCAUGAUCUUCUGACCCGGGAAAUGAGAUUGCCCGAAAGACAAAGGGAAAAGACGUGGUCGGGCAAGUUACACAUAUCUAUGUUGGCCGGUUCGCUGGUACGAAGACUGGUCCAGAUCGCCGAGACGUCCAAUGCUACCAAGCUACGUCAGUUUGGAUCCAGCGUAGCUUUUUCAACCAUCUUGAAGGUAUGGCCUGUCGUAGUGUGGGAAGGUACCCAGGGAAAGUCUGAGAUUCAAGGAAUAGAUCGACUGAUGACUGGACUUUCGAGCGUUGUCUCUAAAAUUGCUACGGUGUCUAUAGAGGCUACGGACAGGAUCCGAAGCGAUUCAGGGUUUACCGAAUGCUAUCACUUUGUUUUACUUAAAUACGCUACCAUCAUGCAAUCAACUCCUCAAGUCCUCCUGUCAGAUGAAUUACCUGCCAAGCGACCUGCAUCACCAAAUCAAAGAGGUGACUCCAUGGUGGCCCUACAGGACACUCUUCAUGCUAUCUCCAGGAUUGUUGUCUCCGUAUACGACGCCAAAUCAACCGUACGCCUUUCCACCACAGUGAUAGAGCAACUCCUUGUCGAUACGCUGAAUUUCCUAGUCGUCAUGCUAUGGCAUCCUAUCGUGCCUGAAGAUUUUGAUUUCAUGAGUCAAAAAGAACGUAUACCAGACGAUGCUAUCACCACAUUAGAGGAAGCGAUGAAACCAAGCUUUGGGGUCUACGUUCAAAAGAAACCCAAUGUCAUCAAAACCAUGUUGGACAUCUUGUUUCGAUAUUUACAGCUGGUCUACAAGCCUCGCAUGAAAGAAUUAUGUAUUCCAGCUGCCAUAUGUUUAAGACACAUUGCUGUCGUAGUGGCUAUGGAACCAUAUGAAGCCUAUGAGAGCAUCCUUUCACGAGCCCAGCAACUAGCUGCGCUAUUGCUGUAUUAUCCUGAAGGUAUAAAAUCCUUAUCGGAAAACACCUCGUCUUCCGCCAACGCAAUUUUCUGGCACCCCAUCAUUGAACAAGCCAAGGCUGCUCUCCGCGAAUUAAUAGAAUACGACAUCAAUAGUGUAGUGGAUGUGGCGGUACGGUCCAAGACGAUAGCAAGGGGAAAGCGAGCACUUCAGUCUUUACUCAGGGCCGCCCGCGUAAGCGAAGCUUGUCCGAAAAUUGUAGAAGCCGGCGUGCUUACGAUCAUUGAUCCCUUUUAUCCACCUCGACAACCCCAAUACAUGGAUCUGAAGGAUGGCCAGCUUCUGUGCAGCUUAAUGGCUGAGAUACUGUACCAGCUGGCGAAAGACAUGGCUCUGGUCAGAGGUAAACUUCGCCAAGAACAUCAAGCCAUUCCUUGUAUUCUCCAUAUACUGUGUCAAUCCAUAAGGAAGGCGCAGCAACAAACUACAUCUAAGCAAGAACUGGAACGUUUACAACGCAGUUGCCUUCAAGUAGUCACUGCCUUUCGUUUCGACAGAACUGGCCUGCAAGAUUGGGUAAGGUACCCCAUGAAUGAAGAGUUAAUGGGCUAUAUUGAGCAGUUUAGCGAGGCGGCUAUCAGCAACCAGUCCGAGCUCUCAGUGACACCCAUAUUACUCAAGUUGCUCUUUCCCAUUGCCCCUGAUGAGCAAGGAAUUCAGUACAAAAUGCAACCAAGGAAGUUAUCUGAGGUAACAACGCAAUCACAACCCAUCCUCCUUGAAGCUCUACUCGCUUUGGAACCCCUCUCACUUCUUCCUACGUCGUUACGACAAAUCAUGGUGUAUCCCAAAGCGCUUCGAUGGCUUUCUCAGCUACUGAUUGCGGGAAAAGCAGCAGUACUGGAGACGGAGGGUGAGGCAUCGACUUCAGCGGAGGAAGCAACCACGUCGUCGAUUAUCCAGAACAAUACCAUUGUCAAUCAGGUGCUGGAGCAAGUUGCAGAGACGGACCAAGUCGCGUGCCUAUCCGACAUGGCAAGCGACACUGAGGAGCAGCAGCAGCAGCAGCAGUCGAGUUCAACCGCCGAACCAUCUUAUCCGUCAUCGGAUCGAAUCACCACCAUCUGGGUGCAAGUUCUGUACCAGUGUCUUAUACGAGCCAUAUCGUUCAAGGACAGUCUACAGUGGUUUGUGAUUCAAGAUUUGUACACUGAUCUAUUUGGACCAUGGCUACUAAGUGGUAACCUACGAGAUGAACCUAUGGCGUCUCUCAUUGCGGCUUUUCGAUCGAAAGCCAGGACCGAAACACUACAAGACCUUCUACGGUUUUUCAAUUAUGCAAAGCACAAUGAUGAAGCUAUACGAUUGAUGGAAUUUACGUCGGUUGCUAUCUGUUACGCCAUCCCGCCUGCCCCUCUUCGGACGCAGAUUUUGGAUUUGAAUGAAGAAGAUCAUCUCAACUCGUCCAGUGUGUUUGGUGUGCUAUGUCGAAUGCUGUUCUGUGAUCUUGAGCCUUUGGACGACGUCAUGGAUUCAGCCAACGAACAAGACCAGGAGACAUUUCAGCGACGAACCGCAGCAGGUCAAGCUGUACAGAUUUUGAUGCUCGAUAUGGACCCUUGGCAACAUGAACUGAAGAUUGAUCAACUUCCCAUUAUACCCAUUCCACCCGCGGCGGAUGAAUCGCCAGAGGUGGUAUUUCUCAGCACGGAAGACAUGGUCACACCUGUCCAAGCUUCCAAAGAGCUGCUCUCGUCUGCAUCUGAGACGUUUCGAGCUCUGCUCAGUGAUCAAUACCGAGAGGCGACGCAAGAUACAAUUAUGCUGCGCGGGGUCAAUGGCGAUGACUUGACUGCUUUGGUCGACGCCAUUCAACGAGCUCAACACCCUGAACCCACCAUUGUCUUAUCUGACAUGGCAUGGCGUACCGUCGUUGGGCUCCUACUCAUUAGUGACCGCUACGUCGUUGACUCUGUCACCCGAGCUUGUCAGCGCUGGAUGCUGGAACGGUUCGCUGACCCCACGCCGCCAGAUGAUACCUUGGAAGGAGCCAUGUUGACGUAUCGGCUGUGUCGGGAUCCCACCUCCAUUUUGCCCGAUACAGCUUGGCCCCAUAGUAUGUUGACCCUUGCCGCCUUGAAGACCAUUCUGACCCAUAUGGUUCGAGUCACGCAAACGGAAGAAUUUAGUUCCAUGGUAGAGGGCAUAGGAGGAAUCGAACAUAUCAACGAGAUAGAUUCGUUUUGCUCUGCCAUGGGCCUAUUGCUCGGAGGACAGGCCGUUUGAAACUGUACAAAAAUAAAAUUUUUCCUGGGCUGACUUGAAACAAUUUACUUUGUGCGAUAUUGUGUACAUCUGUAUGACCCCAUCUGAAUACAAUGCGUGUACCAAACCAUGGUUCACGAGACUGGCUGCUUAUACGGUUUUGAUGAUUCCUCUUGGAUGAGACCAUGGGAUUGAUGUUUUUGUCGUCCGCAGAUGGUACCUGUUAUCACCAGGGGGUCCGUCGACUUGAAACAAAUGGCUCCUUCAGGUACAUGAACACACAACAAUGAAAAUUUU